AUGGUGGUUGGAACACUUCGUGGUUUUGAUCAGUUUAUGAACCUGGUAGUGAACACUGUUGAAGUGAAUGGCAAUGAGAAAAACAAAAUUGGCAUGGUGGUCAUAAGGGGAAAUAGCGUAGUCACGGUUGAGGCACUUGAGCCUGUUAGUAGACCACAGACCCGAUUGUCACACGAUGUGGUUAACUCUUUUGCUGGCCUUGCCUUCGCACCAACGACUAUCGUUACCGCACACAUCGUAACAACACAAUCGACUUUCACACACAGAAAUCCCCCACUGCAGCCGACCGGCGUGGCCGCACAGCCCGGCUACACCAUCUUGACCCGAUCGUUGUCAUCAUGCCGUUGUCGACUCAGAUUUGCGUUGGGCGAUGCUCUAAGCACCGCGUGCAGCGACGAACAGAGCUGUUGUUCUUCGCCGCCGCACGUGAAGAUGAGCUUUGCCCAUCGCGAUGAUUGGAAGAAGAUGGUGACGAUCUGGUAG